UCCACCCGAUGCCGCCGCUGCUCCGCGACCCGGCCACGGUGCUCCCGUCCCUCGCCGCGGCGCCCCACCCCCACCCCCACCUCCUCCGCGCGCUCCACGCGCACCUCCUCGUCUCGGCCCGCCUCGCCUCCCUGUCCCACCUCGCCGCCUUCGCCGCCGCGCUCGCCUCCUCCGGCCACCUCGCGUACGCGCGCCUCGUCCUCCCGCGGCGCCCCGCCACGCUGCUCGCGCACAACGCCCUCCUCCGCGCGCUCGCCCGCGGGGCGCGCCCGGGCCUCGCCUUCGCCGCCUUCCGCGACCUCCCGCUCCCGCCCGACCACUACUCCCUCAGCUUCCUCGUCCGCGCCGCCACAGCCCUGGCGGCCGCGGCCGCGGCGGAAAGGCCCGUGCCGGGCCAGGUGAACGCGAGGCUGCUCGCGGUGUCCUCGCACGGCGCCGCGGUGCGCCGGGGCCACGCGGCGGAUCCGCACGUACAGAGCGGGGUCGUUUCCAUGUACGCCGCGCUCGGGGACGUCGCCGACGCGCGGGCCGCGUUCGCGGAGAUCGCGUGCCCGGACCUGGUGUGCGUCACGGCGAUGGUGGGGGCGCUCGCCGCAGGCGGCGACGUGGACGCCGCACGGGAUCUGUUCGACGGAAUGCCGCUGCGGGAUCACGUCGCGUGGAACGCCAUGGUCGCGGGGUACGUGCACGUGGGCAAGUCGAGGGAGGCACUGACGCUGUUCGACGAAAUGCAGAGAGCUGGUGCCGCCGUCGGUGAAGCGACGCUGGUCUCAGUGCUCACCGCAUGCGCGCAAAUUGGUGCGCUGAACCGUGGCAACUGGGUGCACUGGUAUAUGCGCAGCCGCAGGAUGCGGAUGUCAGUCACGCUUGGCACUGCCUUGGUGGAUAUGUAUUCCAAGUGCGGAGCAGUGGUGACGGCCAUGGAGGUUUUUGAGGGCAUGGGCGAAAGGAAUGUGUACACUUGGACAAGUGCAGUCAGUGGUCUUGCAAUGAAUGGCAUGGGGCUGGAGUGUCUUGAGCUGUUCAAGCGCAUGGAGAGUGCAGGGAUCCAGCCUAACGGUGUCACCUUCGUUGCAGUGCUUCGUGGAUGCUCCAUGGCUGGGUUGGUAGACGAGGGGCAAGCAUGCUUUGACUCCAUGAAGGACAAGCACGGAGUUGAUCCUUGGCUUGAACACUACGGCUGCAUGGUUGAUCUCUAUGGUCGAGCCGGGCGACUAGAUGACGCCAUCAAUUUCAUCAAUGACAUGCCUGUGGAGCCGCACGAAGGUGUUUGGGGAGCACUGCUCAAUGCUUCUCGGAUUCACAAUAACGUUGAGCUGGGCAAACAUGCAUUGGACAAGCUCUUGGCAAUCGAGUCCCAAAAUGAUGCGGCUCAUGUCCUGCUGUCUAACAUCUAUGCGGAGUCACAGAACUGGAAGGGCGUUAGCAAGGUUCGGGGAGUUAUGAAGGCCAAGGGAGUGAAGAAGGUGCCUGGGUGGAGUGCCAUCGAGGUUGGUGGGAAGAUACACGAGUUCUUUGUUGGAGGUAGGUCACACCCAAGGCACAAGGAGAUCGAGUUGAUGCUUGCAGAGAUGGGUCGGAGGCUGAGACUGCAAGGGUAUGCCGCCAACACCAAAGAGGUACUGUUUGAUAUUGAGGAAGAGGAGAAAGAGGGCGCCAUCUCCUUGCAUAGUGAGAAGCUGGCACUUGCCUUUGGGCUGAUCGCGUUGCCAGAAAGCGAGGAAAUUAGGAUUGUGAAGAACUUGAGAGUAUGCAAGGACUGCCAUGAUUAUACCAAAUUGAUAUCUAAGGUCUUCAACAGAGAGAUUAUCAUGAGAGACAGGAAUCGGUUUCACCAUUUCAAGGAUGGAACGUGCUCCUGUAAGGACUACUGGUGAAUUUUGAAGUGUCUUCAUUUCAAUUUUGACGACCCAUUCAGAUUUAUUGGUAACAAAAUUAAUGCUUUAGAACCCUGAAACACAUAUCUAACUUAACAGGUGCAUCUGAUUAAGUAGAA